CCCCCAUUGUUUCCUCAUCCUCCAAUUUCAAUAUUAACCGAAAAAAACGAAGCAAAUAAGUGUCAAAGCUGCUUUAAUUAAUCCAAACUUUCUUCUUUUUAUUUUAAUAUUUGGUGCCGACGACUUCACAAAUCUCCCAACUUCUUGCUUUGUUUCCUAAAUCUACAUACUGUGCCUAACCUACCUCUGUUUUUCUUUAUGUUCCUUCAGUUGUAGAUGCAAAGGGAAGGGGGACUAUAAAAAAAUGUGGAAUUUUAAUGGAAUUUCACUUUGAUUUUCUUCUCCAGCUUUAGAAUAAGGGAGGAAUGAAAGACCCAUUUCUAUUCAAGGCGCCUGAUUUGAAGCUGGGAGAAUUUGGUUGGUGUAUUGGGUAAACAUGCUCUCUCUGAAUUCUUUUUUUUUAUUGGGGUUAUUUGUUCAUAGAUUCAGAAUUAUUGUUUUUCCAUGAAUGUUGAUUUGUAGCUCAAUUUGUGGGGGGGAAAGAAAGAAAGCUUGAUAACCCCAAAGAACUAAUAACUUAGACACUACUAUGAUGCCAGAAACCCGUGGUUCUAGUUUGUUUCUUGCUUUACCUGAUGAUGUGCUUGCUAUUAUGUCACGGUCCCUUUCACCAGAGGACAUAUGUAAUCUCAGUAUAUGUUGUAAAAGUCUAUGGGAACAUGUUGCCUCCGAAAGGAUUUGGCUCACCCAAUGUGAUGUAGUUGGAGUUGUUCCCACGAGGGACCUCGUGGAGUGGAGGGAAGGUGUAGUAUCUUAUAAGGCACUAUGUCGCUUCCUCGUUAGAGUAAAGCCGUUGAUCGGCCUUUGGGUUCACCAGAAUCCCGAGCUUGGCAAUGUAGUCUAUGUAAUUCAUGGUUUUGUUUCUGUUGUUGGAUGUCGAAUAAUUCCUCAAGAGCUCGGUCCGUUAGGAAUUGAGGAUGGCCCCGUUCUAUGGGCACCGGUGUUUGAAAUUAUUGGUGAUUUUGAUGGUUCCACCACAUUUAUUCUUCAUGGUAGGGAGAAAGGAUGUGACUAUUUUUAUCCUGGUUCAGUGGGAUCUGUGGAGCGGAAUUGCAAUGUGCUAUUGCUUGAGGUUGAGUCUAGAGCAAAAAGGAAUGGAUGCAAGCUGUUCCCUAGUAAGAGCUUUGCUCAUCAUUCCAAUGAGGAGAUUCCAAGAAAGGUUUUUAGGUCAAAUAGUGGUUUAUCGAGAUCCUCAGGACAGAGUGAGGCCGUGGUUCCAUUUAGUCGGUUGAAUUUUGGUGACAGGAGAAAGUUGCUUCAGACUGUUACUAGCCAAGUUCGUCUUAAGCUUACCGAUUCUGUAAGUGGGCCACUCUUCCCUCCGUUGAGGGAGGAUGGGGAGAGUUUCCAGAAAAAAAUGGUGCUUAUGUUGCAGCGAAGAUCACUGCUUCUUCAGAUGUAUAAGUUUGGUAGUGAACAGGGUUGCACGGAUUUGAUGCCAAGUACUGCAAUGCCUUCUGGUCCUAUUCAGUUGGAACUUGGUGACAUUAGAAAGAGCUUUGAUCUUUCUAGUUCUUCUAAUUCUGUGAAUGGAGAUGAUGAUCAGACACACAGAAACAAUAGGAAAAGUCUAGGUGGGUACUUCAGAGCUAGUAUUAAGCAAAUUCUUCGGAAACCUAGUUCUGUCAAUGGUGGCAUCGCAAUUUCAAAAUGCAAUUCUUCUAGCAGUGAGAAUAGGCAUGCUCAACUUCAUGAGUUUCUGAAUUCCGGGGAUACUAUAGGGCUGACAAUACGUGCCUCUACAAUGAAGUUAUCAUCUUAUCGAGCUUGGCCUAAUAUGCAUGAUACACGCUUUGCUCUUUACAAGCUGCCCAUGCAGGUUCCGAGGGAAGAUCAAGAGUAUGCCGGUUUAUGGGGAGGAACAUUUGGUUGGCCUCCUGGAAGGCUGACUGAAGACAAGCCCGGGAAAGCUCUGUUCUUUCUUUUGCUCUCUUACGAAGAGACAGAGGGAAAACAGCUUCUCAUUGCUACUAAAAUAUUGGAAGGCACCCACUAUGUUCUGCACCCAAAUGGUUCUGCAAUGUUCAUAGUGAAUAUUGAUGAGCCUUCACUGGACCCGUUUCCCUGGGACAGUGAUGCAGAUUCACAUCCUGUGAAUGUGAAGCAUGCUUUUGUGGGAGAAGGUAUUGCAAAUGGAUAUGGUUUUAGGUAUCCUGGCUCAAAGCCUGGCUCACUUUUUGUCAUUCAAAAUGGUCUGCUUGCCUUCGUAUGGAAGGAAUCAAGGUCUGUCUUGACCCUGCAAAGACUCAGCUUGCAAGACCUUUUGAAGAAAGGUGAACAGGUUCCUGCUCUACCUCCAAUUGCCAACUUUUCGUAUUUGACCAAGUCGUACUCGAAUGUGUUUAUCGGGUUCUCAAACACCUCAACAUGUUCAUCUUCUCUAAGGAAAAGGCAUGUUUAGGUCACCAAUGUAUCCGGGGUCUAGUUUGCUGGUACUGGUGAUUGAAGAGUGUCGAGUUUCAGGAUGUCUCCAAGACGAUAUAAAUCCUUUUCUCCGAAACAACAUCUAGUGUUAUCUCGUCGUGUUUGUUGAAGAGGCAUAUCUGGUUAUUCUUGUGCUCCGGUGAAGAUAUAUGAUUAAAAGCCGAUAAUAUAGUCUACAGGGGAGAGAUGCAGAAUCUCAGAUGUGGUACAGGUUUUCCUCA